UGACGUUUUUUUAUCUGUUUGGAGUUGCUGGGCACAUGUAUGUGGGGCAAAUUUCUGCGCAGAGGCUGGAGCCCAGUACAAUUUUUUUUUCAGGAAAGUUAAAUAUAUACCUACUCGAAAUAAUUUUUCACGUGAAAUUCGCUUUCCACUGCACUGCAAAAGGUGGAGCUAUUUUCAAUGUCUUUGUCAGCUUAUGGGACCCAUUAAACAGCUUUCUAAAAACCACUGGAAUUGGAACAGUUCAGACCUCCAUUGUUAACUUCUAUAUAUCCUUCUCUACUGAACCAGCAGCAAAAGGAGGCAAAAGGAGCCGUUGUUAUUCAAAUUCCAACGUUCCAAUUUUUAUGAAUGUGAAGUUGUUCUGUUUAUGAAAUAAUUCUUUCGAUCUUUCUUUAUGCUUUCUACUGAGUGAAUUGUAAUUAUUUUCUAUUGAGAUUUAAGAGAGCUGUUGGUCCGAGAAAGAAUCCAACAUCUAGCAUAGCGGAUAUUUGCUCUGUUGAUAACUUGAUACUGAUUUCAUGAAGAAUGAAUAUUUUAGUCUGCCAUUGAUGUAGGAUUGAAGCAGAAACCUGUGUAAUGGUCAUUAUGCAAUAUGGUUCAAAUUGCAUAAUCGAACAAGGUUAGUGAUCUCCAAAGAAUCCUGCGUUUAAUUGAUUUCAGUCAUAUUAAUAUGAUGCAGAUGUUCAGUUGCAAGAGUCAGAGCGUUAGGGUAGGUGACCUGGUGAAGCUCUUAAUCCCAGCUGUUCAGGAAAUUUGUAUAUCAGAUCAGAAUCCCAUCUUUCACGAAUUCUAUGAUACCCUUAUAAGAGGUGCUGAGCUGAUUAAAAAAUGUGAGAGUAUUAGCACUAUUAACCUGCCUCUCAACUAUAGGUAUGCUUCGCAGAUUGUGAAGCUUGAGAAGGAGAUUGAUGGCUUCAUGAAGGUAAUUCCUGCUUGCACUUUGCUUGAAGCUAGAGGGAUGUUAGCGGACCUGAAAAAAAAUUACACAUCGGAGGCUUCAGAUAUAAGUAAGGAACUAGAAAAUUCCAUCUUCAAACAAGCUUCUAUGCUUACAACUGACCCUUGUGAAAAUGCCAAGAUGCUUCAACAACCAGUUUUAGAUGAUUUGAUGGACUGUACAGAAAGUAUAGAAGAUACUACAAGCUCUUAUCAUAGUACUGGUUCUGGGAUUUCUCAAAUUUUCGUGGGUUUGGAGAAACCCGUUGCAGCUAUGAAGGAGCUUUUGUUCAACACUGAGGUGUCCGUCGUUGCUCUCCAGUGUAUGGGGGGUGGUGGUAAAACGACAUUGGCUCUGGCUCUCUGCGAUGAUCCUAAAAUUAAAGGUCAUUUUGGGAACAAUGUAUUUUUCUUCACCGUCUCACAGUCCCCAAACCUGAAGGGCAUUUUAGAGAACAUGUGGGAAAAGAUUGUUGGGAAGAAGAAACCGGACUUUCAGAACGUAGAAGAUGCACACAGACAUCUUGAACAACAGCUUCUGAAAGUACCGAAGCCAACUCUAGUGAUUCUGGACGAUGUCUGGAGCAGAGCAAAUCUAGAAAAAUUGCUAUUCGAAGGGCCAGGAUACAAGACUCUAAUCACAACUAGAGACAGCUCCACUAUACCCAGGAACCUCUCUACUCAGUCGUAUCAAUUACCAUUGCUGGGACAUGAGGAUGCUUUGGCCCUUUUCUGCUUCUGGGCCUUCGGACAGACAUCAAUUCCAUGCACCUUUGAUGCAAAUUUAGUGGAGGAGGUGCAAGCAGAAUGCAAAGGCCUGCCAUUAGCUCUUAAGGUUAUUGGAAGCUCCUUGCAUGGGGAACCUCGUGUGGUUUGGGAGAGCGCAAAGAAUAAGCUUUCCAAAGGAGAAUUCAUAUCAGAUUAUCACAAAGAAGCGCUUUAUAAAUGCUUGGAGACUAGUGUUUAUUUGUUAGAUGAUGUAGUGAGGGAAUGUUUCAUAGACUUGGGGGCGUUUCCAGAGGAUAGAAAGAUCUGUGCUGAUGCAUUGUUAGAUGUUUGGGUUUAUUUUCGGAAUCUGGAAUGGCAGGAUGCCUUAGCCAUUUUAUUGGAACUUGCAAGCCGAAACCUGUUGAAUUUAUUAACUAGCAGCAAUCCAGGGAGUGGAGCAGCAAUUUCUCAUGGAAGUGUGUCCGAGCUGUACUUUACUCAGCACGAUGUAAUGAGAGAUUUGGCUUUGAAUUUGGGAAGCCAAGGUGAUAUAGGCCAUAGGAAGAGGUUACUUAUGCCCAGGAAGGAGUAUAAUUUGCCAGAGAAAUGGGCGUUGCAUCGCGAUAGACAGUUCGAUGCCCAAAUAGUCUCUAUCCACACAGGUCCUAUGGAGGAAAACCAGUGGUAUGAGAUGAAUUUUCCGGAGGCAGAGGCUCUGAUUUUACUCUUUACUGCAAGUGAAUAUUAUCUUCCCCCAUUUUUAAAAUCGAUGAAGAAGCUAAAAUUUCUCAUGGUAUUCAAUUAUGGCACAAAGAGGGCAACAGUGAAAGGUUUGGAGACUUUAUCUUCACUCACUCAACUUAAAAGUGUCCGCCUGGAGAGGGUGAUUGCACCAGCUGUGUUAAAUCAGAGCAAAGCGCUACAGAACUUAGAGAAGCUCUCUUUGAGCUUAUGCGAAGGGUUUAAAAACCCAUCUACAUUCAACAAUACCAAGCUGCAAGGUUUUAACAUGGAUCACUGCAGUGAUUUAGAGGAGUUGCCCCAAAAUAUCUGCUAUAUGCCUUACGCUCAGAUGUGGUCUAUCACCAACUGCCAUCAGGUUCAGAAGUUACCAUAUGACCUUGGAAAUCUAAGCUCUCUAAAAGUUUUAAGGUUGUCAUCACUACCGGGUCUAAAAGAGCUUCCAUCGUCAAUUGGAAACCUUGGGGGGCUGGAAUAUCUAGAUAUUUCAGUAUGUGUAGGUUUGAAAGAACUUCCAGAGCAAAUAGGCCAUCUAAAGAAAUUAACUGAGCUAGAUAUGAGAGAGUGUUCUCGUUUGAAGAGGCUGCCUAGAAGUGUUUGUGGACUAACUUCCCUGAAACAUGUCACCUGUGAUGAGAAGAUCGGGAAACAAUGGUUGCUAGCCAAGACAAUUGCUCUCCCAGAACUUAAAGUUGAAAUUGUGGAAGUACAGUUCGGUUUGGAUUGGCUUGACGAUUGAUUUGACGACUCGACAACCUGAAGGAAGGAGAUGCAAAUAUGUCGGAGCGGAUUUCUUUGGUCUUUCAAACAUGUGUCCUGCAAUCAUCUUAGUUGGGUAUUGUCUGCGAGUAUUUCUCUUGAUGAACAUUAUAUUAGUUUUGAUUCUCAGUUAUGUUCUCUGUAAUUAUUUGCUACGGAAGAAGUUCCGAACGUAUUUGUAUUCCCCGAUGUAUUGUGUAUUGUAUGAUGAUAGGAACCAAGAAUGCAUUUCAGUCAGAAUGCACGUUCUAUAUUCUCUACAAUAUAUAGAUACUAUUUGGUUUAAUAUUUUAUUAAGAUAUAUGCCUAAUUUUAGAUUA